AUGAGCUCUUUUGGCGAUUUCAACACCCCACCAGAUGGACCAAAUCCAACCAAUUAACAAGAAACUAAUCAACAUCUAAGCAAUUCCAAUGAGUAUUCCUUUAACCACUAUUUGAUUUCCCAUGCAUGCAUUGAUUAUUGUGCCAAGUCCAGGUAUGAAUAUAUUCAAGAUUAGAAGUAAUACGCCGAAAGCUUUAUCAACAGGCACAAUUGUCCCUAACAGUUCAUCAAUUACUGA